AAGAAUUAACUACUCGCCUCCAAAGAUUUUCUCUUUCGCAAAGAGAAGAAAAUAUCACCGAUCUAGAUCCUACAAAUAUUCGUCUCAGCUCUGAUGAGUGCAAGAGAAGCCUCUUUGGCAAAAUCGUCGGCGAUAGAAAAGCUCAUCUCUUUGGGCUUAAACGAACCAUGGAACAGAUCUGGCAACUCAAACAUCCGCUGACGAUUAGAGAAUUAGAGCCGAGUUUCUUUCAGUUCAUCUUUGAUUCUGAAACGGAAAAAAGCAGGGUUGCUACUGGAAGGAACUGGUCCUUUGAAAAUCAAUAUCUAAUUUUGAAGGAAUGGCAAGAUGACUUAUCUGCUGACCAUGAUUGCUUCACAGAAAUGGACAUGUGGGUCCAGGUUAGUAACGUCCCCCUCAAUUGGCUCUGCUCGGAGGUUGGAUUGAAAAUUGGAAGAUCUUUCAAGAAAGUGAAAAAUGUAACCAUAUGUACGGGAAAUGGGAACUGCGGAAGAUAUCUCCGUCUCCUGGUUACUGUCGACCUGAAGGAGCCUCUUCUGAGAUGUACCUGCAUCAAAUUGGGGGAUACUUUUAAGAGAAUUGAAUUCAAAUAUGAGAAAUUGUUAAAUCUUUGUUACUAUUGUGGAAAAAUCGGACAUGUUGAUAGAACGUGCAACCUUCGAAUGGAAGACAUUGCUAAUGGAACUCUAUCGGAAGGGCAGUACGGGGACUGGCUAAAAGCGACAGAAGGAACCUUUUCUCCAAAAGCAAGCAAGUCCUCAGAAACAAUGCAAAUGCAAGAGAAUAAUAACAAUCCACUGGGCAACUCAACUAUGAGCAAUCAAAACGGAAUGGGUAAUAGCAGCUCACCCAAGCCUGCAGCCUUGGGACCAGAUAAAUCCAUGGAGAAGGAUUUUAUUGCUAGCAGCUCAGGUCAGCUCUCCACGAGUAGCCAAGGCAACCAAGUCAAGACUGACCUGUCACCUAACAAAGUUCUGCUAUUGCAAUUCAGCAACAAUGAAGCAUCCAACAUCAAUGAGCACCUAAUGGAUUUUACCCAGUCCACUUCGCAGCAGCCUGUCCUAGUAGGUAAAAGUAAGAACCAACAAGAUUCAAAAAGGAAAUUGUCAAGGAGACAAAACAAAACUGCAGCAAACAGCCCGACCCACAUUUCUCAAUCUCUUAAUGAACCUAAUGAGACCAGCAAGAGAAGCAGACAAGAUGCCAUGGAUGACUACAAUCCCUCAACCCAACCAGAG